CGCUCGCGCCGCUUUGCAGACGCCGCUACCGGGAGUUCUCUUCUGGGUUUAGUCCUCUGGACGCCAAUCCCUGCCGCCUCUGCCGUCGCGCCCAGCCCAGGCAUCUGUGGCCAUGGUCAACCCUAGCGUGUACUUCGACAUCGCCGUCGAUAACGAGCCCCUGGGCCGGAUUACUUUCGAGCUCUUUGCAGACAAGGUUCCAAAGACAGCAGAAAACUUCCGUGCUCUGAGCACGGGAGAGAAGGGAUUUGGUUACAAGGGAUCCUGCUUCCACAGAAUCAUUCCUGGGUUCAUGUGCCAGGGUGGUGACUUCACACGCCAUAAUGGCACUGGUGGCAAGUCCAUCUAUGGGGAGAAAUUUGCUGAUGAGAACUUCAUCCUGAAGCAUACCGGUCCUGGCAUCUUGUCCAUGGCAAAUGCUGGACCCAACACAAAUGGCUCCCAGUUUUUCAUCUGUACUGCUAAGACUGACUGGUUGGAUGGCAAGCAUGUGGUCUUUGGCCAAGUGAAAGAAGGCAUGAACAUUGUGGAAGCCAUGGAACGUUUCGGUUCUCGGGAUGGCAAAACCAGCAAGAAGAUCACCAUCGCUGACUGUGGACAACUCUCAUAAGUUUUUUGUUUUGUGUUUUUCUGUCUUAACCAUUAAACCAUUCCUCUGUAGCUGGAGAGAGCACCCCCAACCCCAUCAGCUCUUACACCCUAUAAUCUUUGUGCUCUCACUUGCUGCAAUUCUCUGGAUUUCAUUUCCUUUUUCCUUCCACAAGUCUGGCUAGACAACAGAGUUAAGUUUAUGAUUAUGAAAUAAAAACUAAACUACA